AUGACAACAAAUUUUUUACAUACCAAUUCACAAAUGAAUACAAUGUCACAUAAUAAUAAAUUACCUUCAUCAUAUAACGACAAAUUAAAAAAUGAACAAACAUACUCAAUGGAGGAGUCAUCCGAUUCAAAUUUGCCAUUAACUACUAUGAAUAUAGAAAACUCAAUGGUAUCAACAAUUAAAAAUGCUAGUCAUGUUAUCAAUGUUGAUGCCUCAAAUAAUCUGAAUCAAUUGAAAGGUCAAACAUUGUUACCUUCUCCAGAUUUAUCUAAAAUAUUUGAUACUGACUCAUUAAAACUUUUAGAUCGAAAUGCUUUCAAAUAUAGAGAAAACUUAAAUAAUUUGAUUUAUACUAGAAAUAAUAAUGGUUUAGGUUCAUAUAUGGAAGAAAAUCCAAGAAAGAGUCAAUCGAUAUCCCUUGGUUCAUUAGGGAAUCCCAUUGUUAAAAAUAUUUCAAUGUUCCCUCCUGGAAACCAAUCUAUCGCUAGUAGUAACACAUCGAGCAGGUCCUCAACUCCUUUCAAUUUUACUACAUCAGUUACACCUAUUAGUCAAGCAUCAUCAAUUUCUUUGAAUGAAAGGUUUGCUAAAAAUAUACAUUUUGGAACUUCAAUGCAAGACAUGUCGAUUCCUAGAACUCCUAUGGAGUUAUCAACUGCAAAGGGAGUUAACGAUAAUACUGGCAGUAAUACAAAUACUGCAACUUCAUCUCCUGUUUCCUCAAUAUCAUCCAAAAAUAGUAAGAAAAGCUAUACAAAGAAAAGUCAUAAGAAAUCCAAAAAUACAACCACUCAGGCUAUUGGUUCGAAAAAAGAUUCAUUAGAACAACGUAGAAAAUACCGUUGUUCUGUAUGUCCGAAGGGUUUUACUACGUCUGGUCAUUUGGCUAGACACAAUAGAAUACAUACAGGAGAAAAAAAUCAUGCUUGUCCUUAUAAUGAUUGUAAGCAAAGAUUUAGUAGACAAGAUAAUUGUUUACAGCAUUACAGAACACAUUUUAAGAAUAAUAAUGGUGCUCCAAGGACUCAUGAAAUCAUAACAUAUGCUGAAGCAUCGCAAGAUAAUAGAACAUCUGGUAUGAACUAUUACGACCAACAAUAUAAAUAA